GGGAGGCAAUUCACGCGUGUAAACACGAGGAUGCUUUAAAACUAUGUUUCGUGUUUUUAGAAGUUAAAAACAGGAUUGAUUCUUUAUUGAAAUUACAUACACUCCACAACAUUUAUCAUGGCAGAAAAAGGAAUAUCUGACGCAUCAUCUUCAGAGAAUGAGAGUACUGAGUGUUCAGAAAACGAAACUAAAGACUGUAAAGAAGACCAAACGAAAGAAGAAAAUAAAGUAAAUAAAAAUGAAAAGCAAAAUGAUUAUUCCCAUCCUGUUUAUAAAAAUAUUUCCCAGUUUAAUGGUGAAGUUAACAGAAUGAAAAGGCCAGAGAUAAUCAGAAGAUUAACUAAAUAUAACAUGGAUACAAAUGGAACAACAGAAAUAUUGAAAAGACGAUUGAAGAAUUGUUAUAAGAAAAGAAAGUUAAAUGAUGUCAGUAUAUCAGAUUCUAAUGCGUCUAAAUUUGAUUAUAUAGUUGUUAUAGAUUAUGAAGCAACAUGUGAAGCUGAUGUCUUCAACUAUAGACAUGAAAUUAUUGAAUUUCCAGCUAUUUUAGUUAAUGUGCCUAAUGGUGAAUUAGUAGAUGAGUUUCGCUCAUAUUGUAAACCAAUAGAAAAUCCUAAGUUAACCAAAUUCUGUACAGAACUUACUGGUAUUACACAGGACAAAGUAGAUACAGCUGAAGAAUUUCCUGUAGUAUUACAGAAAUUUGAAGAAUGGUUAAAGUCUCAUCGUCUUGGUGGUAAAAGAGGUUUUAAAUUUGCAGUAGCCACUGAUGGACCGUGGGAUAUGAGGAGGUUUUUAUAUUAUCAGUGUCAAAUGUCAGAUCUAGUGUUUCCAAAAUGGGCAAGAAAGUGGGUGAAUUUACGUUCAUUAUUUGGAAACUUUUAUAAACGUGAAAGAGGAAAUAUAGAAAAUAUGUUAUCUCAUUUAGGACUAGUAUUUGAAGGUAGACAACACUGUGGUAUGGAUGAUACAAGAAACAUUGCUAGAAUAGCUCAACAUUUAAUUAAAGAUGGAUGUGUAAUCCAUGUAAAUCAGUCAUUUUCAGGCAAUGAUAAGGGACGAAUACAAGAAAUAAAACCUCAGAAAAAUAGUAGGAGUAAUGAUUUUGAAAUACCUGAAAUUAAACCUGUGAAUAUUAAAACUGAAGCUGAUAAAGUUAAAGAUAAAGAAGUUAGAGAAGCAUUACGUAAAUUGCAACUGAAAGAAGAUGAAGAACUUGUUGCAUUUUAUAAAUCUAUAAAUCGGUAUUAAA